AUGAUUCGCGUGAUAUAUCCAGAAAUUCUUGGCGGAUACAAUAUAAAGAUAGAAGAAGCACCAUACCAGAUCAACUACGGCGACAUUUGUGGGGGCGUUCUCAUUAAUGACCUUUGGGCCAUAACAACGGCGCAUUGUGGCACAGACUCCAAAUACAUCCGCAUAGGCAGUAAGUACCGUCUUCGAGGUCCAAAGGUCAAGAUCCUCGUUCACAUCGUCCAUCCUCUCUUCGGCAAGCUGCACGAGUUCGACUACGACCUUCAGCUUUUGAGGUUCCACAGAAGAUUGAGAUUCAAUAAACUGGUUCAACCCAUUGGCAUCAGUGAUGGAGAAUGUGGGAAUAGUAUUUACGUGUCCGGGUGGGGGUAUCCUAAAGAAAAGGGAGAAUACCAAGAUAUUCUCCAACAAGUGGAGCUGAAGUCUGUGCCAAUGGACAUUUGCCAGAAGGUGAACCAGAGUUGGUACAACAACACUUUGACGAAUCGAAUGUUCUGCGCAGGCGGCGGAUCUCAUGACGCUUGUCAAGAUUCUGUCAAUAGAAUUAUGGAUAACAGAUUCGCGUUAGAAUUGUCGCUAUGUUGUAGCUCUGACCACGUACGAGAAAGUGCUGGUUUUCAUACUCCACCGCUGAGCAAGGGACUGAAAACAUUUAAACAUUGCUUCCUUUUCUUGAUGUACCAGGGCGACAGCGGUGGCGCAGCGGUGGCAUACGGCAGACUUGUGGGACUUUCCACUUUUGGCUACGGUUGCGGAAGAAAUAUACCAGGCGUAUACCUCAACGUGAGUGAACCUACUAUUCGAGAAUGGAUUCGGACCAUCGCUGAGGUGUGA